AUGGCGAUCUCUAAUUCAUACCCGGUCCUAAUUGCCGCCAACGUAUUCGCAACAAUGUGUGUCAGGUUCGGCAUCAAUGCUAUCCUGCGCCCUGAUCACGGUGUUUCGUUUUUUGAGCUUUCGCCACCAACUUCUGGACCCGAGAGAACGCUGUUUAACAGUUUAAUGGCAGUCUAUGGUGUGCGAGACGUGUUCAUGGGGCUGGCUAUAUAUGCCACUGCGUGUUUGGGAGAACGAAAGGCGCUAGGAUGGAUCUUACUCGGCGUGAGUGGUGUUGCGUUUGCGGAUGGCGUGGUUUGCGCAGUAAAUGGUGCUGGAGAGUGGAAUCAUUGGACUUAUGCACCUGUUGUUAUGGCUGUGGGUGUUGCAGCGCUUGGUGUUUUGGAUGGUGGUAAGGGGAAGAGGGCUUAA